AUGUUUUUCUCGUCGGAGAAAAUUCGAAAAGAAUAUCGUGAUCACAAUGAUGGGAAAGAUAAUCUUGUCCAAGUGAACGAUGGGGACCCCAAACAAAAAAUAUCACCAAUAGCACUCUCAAUCAUACUGGUCUCGAUUCUGGGAGCGACCUCACUGUCAGUGAGUGUACAACUUGGUGUUAACCAAUGGAUAGAUCUCUUAUACUUCUUAAGUUACGUCAAAUUAGGCCUUAGUUUCAUUAAAUAUCUGCCCCAGAUCUAUUUGAAUUUUGAAAGGAAGUCUACGGUUGGAUGGAGCAUUCAUAACAUCCUUCUAGACUUUACUGGUGGACUGUUGUCAACUGUUCAAUUGGUGCUGGACGCCUACUCCACGAAUAAUUGGGACGGAAUAUUAGGUGAUCCCGUAAAAUUAGGUCUCGGUUUCCUGAGUAUAGCAUUCGAUCUCAUAUUCAUGUUCCAGCAUUACAUUCUAUACCGAAAUGGAGACAAUCGUAAGAACGAAAUGGAGGCGCAAGAUGAUAUUUUCGAUUGGGAGAGAGAAAGAUUAUUACCCAAUGAUAAGGAAAAUCGUACGAUUAAUAAUUACGUAUGA